UGCGGUGAACGCGAAGAGUGAGGCUGUUGUGUUGUGAUGUGUCCAAUGCCCUAAAGAGAGAGAGAGAGAGAGAGAGAGGGAGGGAGGGAGAGGCAGAGCGGAAGAAGCCGGCUCGGCUCUUUCUGUUGCGAGACCCGUCAGCUCUUCUUCGCGUGGAAUGGAGGGAGCGAGGGAGGGAGGGGUGGUGGUGGGAGAAGAAGCGAAAGCUUUUUCGUGAUCGAAACAACAAACGGGCGAACGGGACGAGAGAUUGGAGAGAUUUGCGAGACGGGGGUGUUCGUAAUAGGAGCGAAGCGUCCGUUGGCGCGAAAAGGGCACGCGAGAGCGAUGAGCGAGCGCGAGGCAUUCUUUCGCGCGACGUGGGGAGUUGGAGCGAGAUUGGUCGAUGCAUUGAGUGGGUCGGUGAUUCUGCACAGGUAGCGCGAGUUGGGAGGGGACGAGGACGCGGCCACCUGCGGGGCGAGAGCGAGCGGGCGGGCGGCCGUCGUGGAUUCAAACCUCGUGCGUUGGCGCGCGGGGGUCAUGCGAGGAAGAGGCCGAGCCGCGAGGAGUUGGCUUCUCGGAGAUCUGCGGGGAAUCCGAUGGAGUGAUUUUCGCAAGAACGAUGAGGCGGAGAGGCGGAGGCGGAGGCGAAAUUGAGCAAAGAAGAUGUGGAUGAGGACGCGGGCAGGUCGUGGAGAUGAGUGGAGGGGAAAAGGUAGGAGGCAAGCCCUUCGAGUGGAAAAAAUCGGGAGAGAAUACGAGCAAUAGCCCAAGUUACAGCGGUUCAGAGCAGGGCUCCGAGUUUGAUUUGCCUCGCGCCGGUGCGGGCCCCACCAACGAUGGUAGUGCUGUCGGUAAGAAAUCGGAGCACGGUGGAGGUGGGCGAGCGGGGGAUAAUCGCGAGGUAAGUGGCAGGAGCCAACAUUCCCAGCAGCUUAAGUAUUAUGGACGGCGUAAUCGCGCCAAGCAGGCUGUGUCCGUGCAGGUCCCCGAAGUUAAUGACAUAGAAGUGGAAGGGGCCGGUCUUGUUGGAUGUCUGGCUGUUGAUUUGACAGAACAGCUGGAAUCGGGCAUUGAUCCGACCCCUGAACAGAGUAUCGUUAAGCGGAAUGGAAGCGGUGGUAUGGCAUCAGGUAAAGGGACCUCACGACUUGAAAGAGCUGGGAGCUCACGAGAAGUCGAAAUGGGGGAAGGACUUUUCGAAAGUUCGAAAAACAAAGACAUUCUGGAAGCAGUUGCAGCAGUUGAUACAGGGACGACUGUAGAGAUUUUAAGGACAGCCGAAAUUGUAUCGGAGGAUAAUUUGGACAAGACAGGUCAAGAGGACAAUAGGAAGAAUGGCAUUCGGAACGAUCGCCGGGGGGAUGGGAGGGGCGACCCUGCGGUACAAUCGCUUGAAGGUCAGGAAGCCUUCGAAGCCAGCUUGGCCACACCCGAUGCGAGGUCCGACUUUGAUGUAGCUGCAGGAGCUGUCGAGAAAGUGUUCGAUGAUCGCUCAAUUGGGAAGGAUAGCACAAGUAGCUCUUCAGGAUUUUUGACAGGUGAACAGGGUACUCCCGAUGCUGAUGACACUGAGUUUGAUUACGCGGGCACCAAGUUUUCUGGAUAUUCUGAUUCCGACGGGAAGGCAUUUCCUGAGGAAGUAGGGCUGGAUCUUUCAUCUUCGCCCCCUUCGACAAGUUUAAGUCUUCCUAGUAAUGGAGAACCCGAUAGAAUCAGGAAGAAAGGAACAGGGCGUAAUUCUUCCAGGUCUCGUCGAGCUCGCGCCCAGUCUUCUAAGGAAGGGGAUGAUCAGAGUGGAGGCGAAACUUCUAAAGGUUCCGAGGACCAGGAGAGCUCGGUACUCAAAGGCAUGCCUCUUGAAUGGCGGUUGGCUUUGGAACGCCGCCAGUACGAAGAGUCCGUGCUUGCUAAAGCCGAAGAUGUGUGGGCUAAGCAAGAGAUUUUGGAUAACACCAAGAAAAUACCGUCCAAGGGCAAAGAACCAGCUCGCUGCAAGACGCACUGGGACUUCGUGCUAGAAGAAAUGACUUGGUUAGCUAAGGAUUUUGAGAGGGAAAGGAAGUGGAAGCUCAGCCAGGCUAAGAAAGUAGCGAUCAGGGUGAGCAGAAGUAAACUUGAUGUCGAAGCUAAGGGUCUCCGACGACAAAAGGAGGAGGAGCAGAAGACUCGGAGGGUGGCCAGCAAUAUCGCUAAAGAUGUGAAGAAAUUUUGGAUGAAAGUUGAGAAGCUGGUGAUGUACAAGCAUCAAUUAGAGCUUGAGGAGCGAAGGAAGAAGGCACUCGACAAACAUCUGGACUUCCUUCUUGGCCAGACUGAGAGGUAUUCAACUAUGCUGGCAGAGAACUUGGGGGGAGAAAUUACCACACCCUUGUUAUCGAAAGCUCCUCAUCCAGUGCACGUUCCUACUGGAGUUAUGUCUGAGGGUGGAGAGUUUUCGAGUGUCGGGAAAGAAAUCGUUGUCAGGAGUGACGCCUUAGGAAGUUCGGUGAAGCCUCCUGUUGUUCAAAGUGAGACUCCUGCUGUGGUCCUCGAGCAUCCUGCUGAAGGGAAGAUAACUUUUGGAGUGGAGUCAGUUGAUGCAAGCGGUGCUAAUCUUCAAAAGGAUAUUUUGAAGUCAGACACAGAUAUUGUUGACGAAGACUUCAAUAUGGAAAACGAAGAGGAGGAGGACGAUGACGAAGCAACAAUAGAAGCCGAGGAAGCUCUGGUUACGGAAGAGGAACAGAGGGAGGAGCUUAGUGCCCUUCAAAGAGAAGGAGAGCUUCCUCUUGAAGAGCUGAUGAAACUUUAUAGACGGAAUGGAGAUGAAUCAGACCUUACAGAUGACUCUGAAGAUGAGGAAGAAGAUGAAGACAGCGACGAUCAUGAACAGCUUAACAAGGAAGAAAGUGAGAUUGAGUUCGGGAAUCAUGCGGGGCAUUCUUCUGGCCCGCAAGACGUCAACUUGGCAUCGAGUUCCAACAAGGCUAAAGUAGAAGUUCUCCUUGAAAAUGGAAACCCUGUCGACGAGCGGUCUCAAGUUCACGCCAACAGCCGGAAGAUAGAAAUUUCACCGGUGACCUUAAUCCUCAAUAACACUCCGUCUACAGCUGGCAAUGCAGCGGCUAAAGUCCACUCGACAUCAGAAGUUUACAUGGAAGUCUUACCAAAUGAAGAAAAUACUAGCUCCGUACCAAGAGAAGAGGACUUAGCUUUGAAGAAGAGAAUACUUAAUGGUGACGUCUCGGGCGGAGCACUUUUGGAAGAACCAAAGGAUUCAUUAGCUGAUGAUAGGGAGUACAUCCCUGCUGCUUUGGUAGACGGAUCUGAUGAGGAUGAUGAAACGACUCUGGAAGAAGAAGAGUCUCUGGCGAGAGGAGAAGCCGAGGGUAAUGCUGACGAGAUUGAUCGUCUCAAAAGAGAGAGUGAGAUGUCGAUUGAGGAGCUUUUGGCGCAGUAUCGAUCGAUGGCGGAUGGGUCCGAGGCGGACGAAGAUAGUGAGGACAUUGAGGAUGAUUUUGUCGAAGAUAGACAAGAUCGGACUAGUGAAGCUGGCACAAGUGGUUCAAGUGAAGACGACGGAGAGGAUGGAUAUAAGUAUUUAGCUGAGAAUUCUGCUGAGGCUAAAGAAAGAAUGGGAGAGCCGAGUACUAGUGGUCGUGAUCAAUGGUCAUUAGUAUCGUCAUCUUAUGGGAGGAAACCCAAGAAGAAGUCGAUCGAUGUGUCUGAGACGAUCGAAGAGAGGAAGAGAGGAAGAUUGGAAAAGUGGACCACGGAAACCCCUGGAAGGGCAUCUAGAGGAGAAGAUGAAAUAGAAUACAAGCAAGCCAAGAUGCAGGUUGAUCCGCAGCUUGCUAGUUCUGAGAAUGGAAGCCUCGGGAAGACAUGGGAUCCCAGAGGAAGCUCGGGCGUCUCUCUGCUGUUGGGAGCUGAUGAAGUGGUCGACCAAGCGACCGCCGAAGCACUAGCAAGGGUGUCUGCAGCUGCAAAGAGAAGAGGAGAACGGAUGCUGAAGAGGGCACUUAGAGAAGAGGAACCUCAUGUGCUCGGGGAAUCAGGUGAGGAGAACUUGGUUGAAGGCAAAACUACUGACUCGAUUGUGAGAGUGGACAAUGUUGAUGGAGCCACUCCACUUAUCGAAGACGUCAAGAUGACCACGAAUGAAGUUGAGGAACCUAAUGUCCAGGGGCGGGAGGUUGGUGAGGGAAUACGAGUGGAACCUAGCACAGAUGGAACCUCUGAACUCAUUGCCAGCGAUCCUACUGCAACCGGGGAGGAGAAAACCAGUGAGGACAAACUGGCUGAUGCAGCUGCGGCAGCUCAGUCUGCGCAACCCACUGGUUACACCUUCUCCACUACCAAAGUUCGCACAAAAUUGCCUUUUCUUCUGAAGCAUUCACUCCGGGAAUAUCAGCACAUAGGAUUGGACUGGCUGGUCACGAUGUAUGAGAAACGCCUGAAUGGAAUCCUCGCCGAUGAGAUGGGUUUAGGGAAAACCAUCAUGACUAUAUCACUGUUAGCUCAUCUAGCAUGUGAUAGAGGAAUUUGGGGUCCUCACCUCAUCGUUGUUCCCACCAGCGUUAUGUUAAACUGGGAAACAGAGUUCAUGAAGUGGUGUCCAGCCUUCAAGAUUCUGACGUACUUCGGUAGUGCCAAGGAGCGAAAGUUGAAGAGGCAGGGGUGGUCUAAGCCAAACAAUUUUCAUGUGUGUAUCACGACAUACAGACUCGUGAUCCAGGACGCCAAGGCUUUCAAAAGGAAGAAGUGGAAGUACCUGAUUCUGGAUGAGGCCCAUCUUAUCAAAAAUUGGAAGUCUCAGAGAUGGCAGACUUUGCUGAAUUUCAACUCUAAACGGAGAAUCCUACUCACGGGAACGCCUCUACAGAAUGACCUUAUGGAGCUGUGGUCUCUCAUGCACUUUUUAAUGCCUCAUGUUUUCCAAUCUCAUCAAGAGUUUCGAGACUGGUUCAGCAACCCCAUCACUGGGAUGGUGGAAGGUCAGGAACUACUGAAUAAGGAGGUGGUUGACAGACUGCACAAUGUGUUGAGGCCGUUUCUGCUGCGACGUUUGAAGAAGGAUGUGGAGAAACAACUUCCUCAAAAGUACGAGCAUGUAAUCCAUUGCCGGCUGUCGAAAAGACAGCGUAAUCUGUACGAAGAUUUCAUGGCUAGCUCAGAUACUCAGGCUACUCUCUCAAGUGGAAACUUUCUGGGGCUUAUCAAUGUCUUGAUGCAGCUUAGAAAGGUUUGCAACCAUCCUGAUUUGUUUGAAGGUCGGCCUAUCGUAUCUUCAUUCGACAUGGUUGGUCUGGAGCUUCAUCUCAGUUCACCGGUGGCCACUGCCCUGCAGUAUGGGCCAUUUCUUUCUGUGAAUCUGAAAGAAAUGAAUCUUCUCGUAAGCCAACUGGAUCUCGAGAUGACUACUUGGGAGUGUGAGGAGGCCUCAGAGUUAUGUACUCCAGGGACUCUGAUUGAGGAACUAUCAAGCACUGGCGAGGACAGCUGGCACACCAAGCAGGGAAAGGAGCAGUUGACUGGUGACGGCCGAGGAAUCAUUGAGGAAAUUCAAGCUGUUAUCAGAGCGGAAAGAGCGAGGCAAAAGAAGGAGAAGGCUCAUGCACUGAUUUGGCUCAACAUGUUGCGGUGCAAGAAGAAUGUGCUGUAUGGAUCCGAUCUUAGAAAGUGUGUGUCUGUGGAAGAUCCUGUCCAUGAUGUUCAUAAAGUCAAGGCUGAUCCACGCCGCUUUCUGGAAUUUUCAUCGGUACUUGCCGAUAUUGUACAUUUGCCCCUGACACGUCUCCAAAUGUCCAUGAGUUUGGUGGAGUCGUUUGUUUUUGCUAUACCGGCUGCCAGAGCUCCAACGCCGGUCCCCUGGUGCAGUCACCCACCGUCUCCCUCUGGACUCCUUUUACCGUGGAUGGAAGGAAGUCUGCAUGAAACGAUCAGUGCCUCAUUGGAGCCCUUGAGGCCUGUUUUCGUCCGAAGGCAGUUGUUUUUCCCAGAUAGGAGGCUUUUGCAGUUUGACUGUGGCAAGCUGCAAGAGUUGGCGGUCCUUCUGCGACGCUUAAAAUCUGAGGGUCAUAGGGCACUCAUAUUUACUCAGAUGACUAGAAUGUUAGAUGUUCUAGAAAGCUUCAUUAAUUUGUAUGGUUAUACAUACAUGCGGCUUGACGGCUCUACUAAACCUGAACAGCGGCAGAUUCUUAUGCAACGUUUCAACACAAAUCCCAAAAUCUUUCUUUUCAUCUUGUCAACCAGAAGUGGAGGUGUGGGUAUCAAUCUGGUUGGUGCUGACACUGUCAUAUUCUACGACAGUGACUGGAAUCCUGCGAUGGAUCAACAAGCUCAGGAUAGAUGCCAUCGUAUUGGCCAGACCAGGGAAGUUCACAUCUAUAGGUUAGUAAGUGAAAGCACCAUUGAAGAGAACAUACUUAAGAAGGCAAAUCAGAAGCGGCUGCUUGAUGAUCUUGUCAUACAAAGUGGUAGUUACAACACGGAAUUUUUCAAGAAGCUUGAUCCGAUGGAGCUCUUUUCUGGAAUGAAGGGCGUUAAGGUUGGAGGCGGAAGUAAAAUUUCUGGUUUGAUACAGACUAGUGAAUCUGAAGGUGUGCCUGCCGUGAAACAGUCCGAGGUUUCAAGUGCGGAUGUAGAGGCUGCUUUGAAGAACGCCGAAGACGAGGCAGAUUACAUGGCCAUGAAGAGAGUCGAGCAAGAGGAGGCUGCUGAAAAUCAGGAGUUCACAGAAGAGGGAUUUGUUGGCAAUAUGGAGGAUGAAGAACUUGUGGAUGAUGUUGAGGAAGGUAAACUAGCGGUUGCGAAGAAUCAGUCCGAGGGAGUGCUGAAGGAGACCCUUGAUAGCAAGCUGACAACUCCGGAUGAUGCACCUCAGAUUUGCUCGACUCUAAUUCCUGCUGAUGCAGAAGAAGAGAUGGAUAUGUUGGCCGAUGUGAAGCAGAUGGCAGCGGCAGCGGCAGCCGCAGGUCGCGGGAGCAUCUCGUUUGAGGAUCAGCUGCAGCCUGUCGAACGUUAUGCCAUGCGGUUCCUGGAGCUCUGGGAUCCCCGAGUGGACAAGGCUUCUGAAGCCGCUCAAGUACUUUUUGAGGAAAAAGAAUGGGAACUGGAUCAGCUGGAGAAGCUGAAAGAAGAGCAAGAGGCAGAGAUUGAUGAAGACAACGAACCUCUUUUCUAUGAGAGUUGGGACACCACAUUCGCCAACGAGGCAUAUCGACAGCAGGUGGAAGUCUUAGCUCAACAGCAGGAAAACCAGAGGCAGCUUGAGUGGGAAGCCAUGGAAGAGGAAAUGAGAGACGCUGACAGAGCGGUUGCCGAAGCUGCCUCAGCUGUAGUUGGUGCUGAACAUUUCAAGGUGAAGUCAAAAUCCUUGAAGAAACUGAAGAAAACCAAAUUCAAAUCUCUGAAGAAAGGAUCCCUUACCUCCGAUGACGCUGCUCUCGUCAAGAGAAACAUUCACAGAGAUGAGAGCUACAGCAAUCCACAGUUUGAAUUGUCCUCGUUGCCUUCUCGCAGUCCUUCACAGCGCAAACGCAAGGCUCCGAAAUUAUUGGAAGAAGAAAUGUUGACAGAAAUACACGUGAAGAAGUCCAAGAAGGACACUUCCAAAGACAGGUUUUCUGGAGAUAAAAUUAUUCUUUCUAGAAGGCUUUCCGAGUUCGACCUAUCAGUGGGAGGAAGUGAUGAUGAUACUCGUGACUCUGACGUCAUCUCUACACAGGCGAAGUUUCCAACCUCUAAUGGCACGAAGAAGAAGUCUGGGGGAAAAAUUUCAAUUAUGGCAGUUCCUCUUAAGAAGGGUCCUCUUAUCAUGUUAGAGAAAGAGCGUAAGAAGGAUGCUACUCGAAUGCAAGAGCAUGUGCCUCCUGCAGAUCCGUGGACUCCUGCUGAGGAUGCUAUCCUCUGUGCAGUCGUGCAUGAGUACGGAGGAAACUGGCAAUUGGCUAGUGAUGCUUUAGCAGGGAUAUCUGAUGGUAGCAUAUACAGGGGUAGGCAUCGACAUCCGGUGCAUUGCAGGGAGAGAUUUAGGCAGCUGCUUGCUCAAAAUGCUACCGCUGCCGGAGAUCCAAGUAGUGAUAAGAAUGCGCUCAGUGUUCCUCCAAGUGCCCACAUGAAAGUAACAGAGGAACAUACAAAGCGAUUGCUGGACGUUGUUCUUCAACUACCAGACAAUGAGCCUCUUCUUCAGCGCCACUUCGCAGCUAUUUUAGCCGCUGUGCAGAAUAAUUGGACCCGUGAUCAGGCUCGAUCAGAUCAGAUGAGUCUAGGGAGAAGUAAAGGUGUACAAAUCCGUGAGGGCGGGGACUUCAUUCCUGUUCCAUGUUUCAGUCACCCAGAGUCAUCAUCCUAUGUGAUUUCUGCCAAGCGAGCCUUCUGCAGUGCGGAACCUUUAGUCCGUGAAGCCCUGGCAUCUGUUGGUCUUGACGAAGAGACAACGGAGGGAUCUAAGGACGUGGUAGCCUCAAGAAGCGAAAUGCAGGACGAGCAAGUGCCAGUGGAAAUCCAGUCCGAUGAUGGGGAGGAGAAUAUCAUGGACUACUUGGAUUCCGAUGCGACUUCCUCCCUCACCACAUCUGAUCAGGGCUUGGAUAUGCAAUUAUCGCAAUAUCCAAGUUUGAUACUUUCUGAAGAACUUUUUGGGUUUACAACAACUGCAACUCCCAUUAGAGUCCCCGCGAACGUCCUACGAGAUGUUGCUGAGAGUACCGCAGAGCAGCGCUUCAGGUCGGCCACGAACUCUGGUUGGGGGCCAGGAGUGUACGAAUGGGCGGGAGCUGCUCUUUCUGGUCUUGGUUGUGUGAGCAUGCCUUCUAAAGCAAAGUCGAAGAAGCGCCCUGCCCAAGCAGAUGCCGGCAAAUCCUCCAAGCCGAAGCAGCCACGGAUUCCAAAGGUCAGUAAGAAGGUGCCGGCUGACAACAGUGUGCCACUUCCGGCAGAAGAUCCUGGUGCAAUCAAGGGUUCUCCGGCCCUUGUUGGUGGUGCUCAAAACUCUGGGAGUUUGCCUCCUCAGCCGAGCCUGAAUGAAGAUGUACCGGCUGAUAAGGAAGCUAAUUCUGGGGAAUCGAUGCAAAUUCGCCCAACCGGACAGAAUGAUCCAGGAGACAAGGUUCCGGAGAAGAAAACCCCUGUCAAGGGGAUCACAUCUGGGGGAGUUUCAUCCAAGAAGGAACGAAAGAGAGCAGUGAAGAAGCCUACAGGGGGUCCAUCGACCAUCGACGUCGUGGAUGAUACUGACGUGGUCCGUGUCGUCCCGAGAAGCUUUCGCGAGGUUAGUCCACUUGCUGACGUUGAAACUUUAUCUCCUGAUAUUGGUUCUGCAUUCGACGAUCUGAGUGAGUCAGGAAGUGACGAUGAAGUUGUCAUUACUGGAGUUUCUCUUCCACCUGCUGGCCGAUCGGACCUGGGCUCGCAGGUUCCUUCCUCAGUCAAGAAGCCGAAACCUCAAGCCAAGAAUGAUCGAGGCCCUUUGACUUACAUGCCAGUAGAGCGGUUGCAGUCUGACAAGUCAGGUAAUUCUAGGAUCAAAGACGGUGGGUCGCUAGGACCCAAAGGCACAAAACAGAAAUUAUGGCCUGAGAACUCAAACUUCUCCCGGUUUCCUCAAAAUAUUCAGUUGGAAGUUCCUGUAUCUGUCUCUGGCUGGGUUCCUAAAGCUAGUGGAGAUACAUUAGGAAUAUCGCAAAGUUCUAGGGCAGAAGUUUUACCUGUAGCUGUAAUACCAGUCAUUGCGAACAAGAUCUCCAGCAGUCCACAAAGGAGCAAAAAGGGCGCCGGACGUCCUUCCGUUGCUUCGACAUCAGGCAUAGAGCAUGUAUCUCCAGCCAGCUCUCGCCCUGUUCAAGAGUCACCACCAUUUGUUCCGUGGGCGCCCCCUGUCGGCAUUUGGCCCACGUCAGCUUCUCCGUUCCAGAGUAUAAGCACGCCUCCCGAUCCCAGAAGUAGAAAUUCGUCAGAUCUAUUGAAAAGGUCACCCGUUAACAUGCCCAAUGUGCCAUCCCUUGGUCAUCUCAAAGUACCACCCUUUGGUCAUCUCAGACGUAAUCUUUAUGAAGCCAGCACAGUUGGUCAUGGUGCUGGACAGAGCUCGUCUAAAGCCAGCCUUCCUUUUACAAGUUCCAAUCUUCCUGCAGCACCUGACAAUUAUGUGAUUGUGAAAGCUGCAAGUAGCAAUUUUCUUCAACAUGAGUCUGAAGAGGAUCCUUUGAAUACUAUCCCAUCAUUGCGAGUAAAACUAGGUCAGGUACCAGCCCCUUAUUCUGUCGGUUCUAUCCAAGACAGGUCUUCUAAUCUGGAUUCUUUGGAAGACAGUCAGUUUAGGUCACCCUUGACUUGCGCUAGCUCUGGCUUUGUUCAACCCCGACAGUCCCCCUCCAAAAGACCGUCGUUGUUCAAUUCAUCUCCCCGCUUCAGUCACACUGAAUUAGAGGCUUCCUAUCUGAACUCGCCACAGUCUGUAGCUAGUCAACGGGAGUCGAGUAGUGGUCCAGAUUUGUGCCUGUCAUUGGGUCGCUCAGCCACAGUUAGAAAGUCUCCAGGAAGCUCCAACCAUGAGUCUGCACCACCAAACUCUUGACUAUGCCCUUCCCUCGAUGGAUACUGGUUUGGGUGUUGUGUUGGACCCUCCUAUCAAUUUUGGCUUUUCCUUGUGCGAAAGAGUGCAUUCCAAGCCUGUAAAAUGUCUAUUAUUCAUUUUUCUCAAAGAGCUGAAACCUCGAAAUUAUGCCAUUCAAUCUUGUCAACAACCGUAAUCUUUUGGUG